CCCACGCCACACGCAGAGAGAACGGGCAGUGCUGAUGCCGAGCUCAUUCUCGAACGGAAUGUUCUCACGGGCCACCCGUCUCGUCUCCCGAAUCUUCUCCCGGCCUCUCCACCCCCGUUUUAUUCUCAGGAGCAACAGACCCUCUCAAAACCUCGUUAUGAACGCUUUCGCCACCGCUGCCGCCACGCCACCAAUGCCUCCCUCAACGAAAAAAACCGUGAAGGUGGUCGUCAAGGGCCGGGUCCAGGGAGUGUUCUUCCGCGACUGGACGGUCCAGAACGCCCGGGAGCUCGGCCUCAAUGGCUGGGUCCGCAACCGGAGGGACGGCUCUGUCGAGGCCCUCUUCUCCGGCGACCCCAACGCCGUCUACGAGAUGGUCGAGAAGAGGUGCCGGGUCGGGCCUCCCGCCGCUGCCGUCACCGCCCUCAAUGCCUUCCCAUCCGAUGAAGAACCCGGCCAAGGGGAUGGGGGUAUGGAGCCGUGGUAUGUAAAUAGAGCAUAGUUGGACACAGGUGAUUGAAAAGGUGGAAUGGAGAUGGAUGUUGUUGCUGCUCGUUUCAGUUACAUUGGAAGGCGGAUGUUUGGUUCUUGUGCAAGAGGUGCCGGAGUGACCUAUAAAAGAAGUCCGAGUAGGAGAUUUUCAUUUCUGUGAGGAUUCUUCGACACUCAAAUCAGAUUCAGAGAACAAAGAGAGCAGCAACGAGUUUUUUGAGAGGGAUUGCUUAUUUUGAUCCUCGGAAUUUUUGUCAUUUAUAUAGAAUAUCGUCGAACAGCUAUAAAAUCGUGCGAUUCCGAGAUUGUAAAGCCGUUAAACAUGCUAUUGCAGAUGAAAUAUUUUAGUCCUUAAUCACUUUCG